AUGUCUUCAUGGCAAGAGACGAGAUCAAAGUUCAGGCCUGCGAGAGACAAUGUGGAAAUUAACAUUGAGGAAAGUUCUCUGGGCAAGAGGGAUGGAACAAACACAGAGGAACGGCCCAAGGACGUCUAUAAAAAGGCAGUGCGCCGUAACACGGUCUAUAUCCCUCCCGACGACACGACCGUCGCCAGCGCGUUUAUGGGACUCUUCAGCCCCCUUAAGUCACAGGACAUCAACUACAAUAUCCCAGAAGAUACGUUGAUCAACAGCUUGGAGGCACAGAUAGCAAGAAAACGGCUGGCAAAGAAAUCUUCCACAACGUCUACGCGAAGGGCUCCGCUGCAAGCAAGCUCGAAGAUCCCCCAGCAAAAUAUGGUGCAUGUUGACAUCCCAGGAAAGAAUGGGGGAAAGGAAAACAUUCCUCCUGGGACAUUGCUGAAUAGCUGCGAUGAUAAGACGUGCGGGCAGAAGAUGCUUCUCUCCGACGAGCGGCUGCUAGGAAGCAGAGGAGAGACAGACAAAGUGCUGGCUCCAUUUAAAAAUCAGUCUCGACCUAAUAAAGUACAAAAUUCUAUGGGAAUCGGAAAUAAGACCCUAUCAUCCAAGGAGCCUUCUACAAAAAGAGCAGCGCUGGUGACGAAGCAAAACAAGGCUAAUAUAUCAACAGCGAGCAAUAAUAUAUCGAGGCGAAAAUUUGCGACUGAAGACAAGUUCUCAUCCACCACGAGGUCUUCGGUCCCCAUUACACUUUCUAAAGUCACAGUUCCAGCUCCAAGGCUUCGAAGCCGAAGUGAGAGGUAUCCAUUGCUAACGGAAGAUAUUUCAAAUCCUGCAAUGUAUGAGGAUAAUUGGCUGUCGCACCAGGAAAUAGCAAUAACACAGCUGGUGAAUCAAUUAUUUGAUUAUGCAAAUGGAAGUGGAUGCUCCACCAGCUCCGAGACUCUUAGACAGGAGCUCCUUCGGAUCUAUCAAACCGAUUUCUUUACACAGCUAUACGGACGAGUCAAAGCAUCUCUAUUGUACGGUUCCUUGGGCAUCCCGAAAGACAUUGUUAGGAGUAGUCGAUUGAAGCACGAUGUGGGCCUGAAGAGGAAGUUCUUGGAUGUCUGGCUACAAGUCUAUGAUCCGGCUUCGUUGAGAGCAGCAGCGGAGACUGUCCUUGGCCGAAGAAUACCUCACCAGCCCAAUGCGACUGGGGAAUCAAACAAGAGCGAGAAGAUGUUGAAACGAGAUUUGGAAGUCUUCUUGGACACAUUCUUGCUUCAGAAUGAGGAUAUGCAUCAUCACACGACAGAUGCGAAGAGCGCGUCCGCAGAUGUGGCGAGUUGGGAAUAUGCGCGUACAGUACUUCGCAGCAUUAUGAUUAUUAUCCUCCUGGAUAAGGGGCGAGUACGUCCUGGGGCAGGACUUCCAUGCUGUCUUUUUACAUCGUCAUCGCCAUAUAAAUCAUCUGCUGCUGUGCUGCAGGCUUUGGGCCGCUUGCUCCUACCAUCAUCCGGAGACAUUACAAAGCAACUCAGUCAUCUGGGUUGUAAUGUUUACUAUAAACAACAUCAACGGAAAGAGUACGACUACCACAUAGAAAAUCUGGCUGUGGAUCUUAGAGAUGGCGUGCGGUUAACCAGGAUCGUGGAGAUACUCCUUUAUCCCUCGACCUCUUUUCUGAAUAACGCCAAUUCAGAUUUGGACACUCUGACAACAUCGCGAGUGCAGAAUGGAAGGACUGUUUCAGAAGAAUAUGACGAUUGGCCUCUAUCGCAGCAAUUAAAGUUCCCUUGUACAAGCCGCGCGGCAAAGCUGUUUAAUGUGUGUGUUGCCCUAGAGGCGCUGGCCUCAGCCAACGGCGGUGGAGUAAUUGUCGGCAAUACGCGUGCAGAGGAUGUUGUAGACGGUCAUCGUGAAAAGUCCAUAGCGCUAUUAUGGGGACUUGUUAGCAAAUGGGGUCUUUCUGGGCUCGUCGACUGGGACGAUUUGAGAAAGGAGAUUGAUCGUCUGAAGCGAAAAGCGAAGGACUCGGUUCAAUCGAACGAAGAACGCCAGCUUGAUUCACAGGAUGACGAGCAUACUUCGUUACUCACGCAAUGGGCGUCCCUCCUUGCGGGAUUGAAGGGUUUACGUAUAGAGAAUCUCACCACAAGCUUUGCAGACGGGACAAUCUACGAAAGUAUUGUGGAAGAGUAUGAGGAUUAUAUACUUGAAAACGCAACUCGAUACGGCCAGCACAUCGACGAAGCGCAUAACAAUAGCAAAGCCUAUGGCAGUCCAUUGGCUCUCCGACUCCGGGCGCUAGGGUGCAGCUCACAGUUUGCGUAUCUCGUAUCCCCUACAACCCCUGGCUCUUUUCAUAUUUUCGACCGAGAUUUCACUCUUGCUUCUCUCGCUUUUCUCUGCUCCCGUCUCCUCUCUGCUUCGAGACGGCCCCGAGCGGCCACAGUGUUGCAGCGUGCAUGGCGACGCAUCUUAGCGCGUCGAGAAUCAUGCCUGCGUACUCUUGCAGGGGAGGUUGCGAGACAGUGUGCGGCUGUCAUCCAAGCAAGAGACAAGGUUCUUUGGGCAAAGGGGGUGAUCGUGAAGUGGUGGAGAAAUCUAAGGACUGCAAGACAGCGCCGCGCACGUACAACGAGGAUGAGAAGUCAACCUGGGAAGAUUGGUUAACCCCAUGGUCUAUGAAGAAUGUCUGACAAACUGACUAUUGGUCUGUAAUAUAAGGCCGGAGUUUUAUGAGCUAUUAUUGCGUUAUGGUUAUGGUUAUGGUUUGGGUGUAUUUACUCUCUUGCGGCGGCGUGGUUAGGCAUACAUCAGAAUGC